AUUUGAUUAUUUCGGUCGGGAUUACCGCAUAAUAAUGAGUUUCGGCAAUUGGUCCUCUAAUGCAAAAGAUUUCACUCCCUCUUGGGGAAACUUUGGUGAUGACUCUGGAAGUGGAGACUUUGUCCCCUCCUUUAUUAAAGCACCUGUUCCGCAACAGCCUUCGAUUACCAACCAGUUUGCCAAGAAGAAGCCCAUUACCCUGGCUUCACUCGGAGUGUCAAAUCAAAACCUGGGUGGUGCGAAGAGUGUUGCCUUAGGAAAGAGCGCAACUCCCGCUCCCGCUCCCACUCCCGCUCCCACUCCCGCUCCUGCCCCUGCUCCUACUUCUGCACCUGUAUCUGUUGCUGCUCCUGCUGCUCCUGCUGCUCAGGCCGCACCCAGCACAUCAUCACUUCCGACUGCACCGAAAACUGAAAAGACUGCUAGCGAGGACGUCACUUCUCCUGAAUCGGAGUGUCUUGAUGUGGAUUCUCCGGAAGUGGCUACCGAAACCGAACCUUCUACUACUGCGUCUUUCUCGCUCGACGAGCUCAUUGCCAAGGAAGAUCCCCGCGAGAACAUCAAUGUCGUGUUCAUCGGCCAUGUCGACGCCGGCAAGUCCACCAUCUGCGGUAACAUCAUGUUCACAACGGGCAUGGUGGACAAGCGCACCAUCGAGAAGUUCGAGCGCGAAGCGAAGCUGCGUAACCGCGAGAGCUGGUUCCUGGCGUACAUCAUGGACACGAACGACGAAGAGCGCGCCAAGGGAAUCACGGUGGAGGUGGGUCGCGCCUACUUCGAAACGGAGCACAAGCGGUUCACCGUGCUGGACGCGCCCGGCCACAAGAACUACGUGCCGAACAUGAUCGCAGGCGCCGCGCAGGCGGACGCCGGCGUGCUGGUGAUUUCGGCGCGCAAGGGCGAGUUCGAGUCGGGCUUCGAGCGGUCCGGGCAGACCCGUGAGCACGUGCUCUUGGCGAAGACGCUGGGCGUGAAGCGUCUGAUCGUGGCGGUGAACAAGAUGGACGAAGAGACGGUGAAGUGGUCGGAGCGUCGGUACAACGACAUCGUCACGAAGCUGUCGCCCUACCUGAAGCGCGUGGGGUACAACGUGCAGGAGGACGUGACGUUCCUCCCCGUGUCGGGUCUGCGCGGAUACAACCUGAAGGAGGGCAUUCCGGAAGGCAUGUGUCCCUGGUACUCCGGACCCUCGCUCUUCCAGAUCCUCGACUCCAUGCAGAUCGAGGGACGCGACGCCUCCGCGCCGCUCCGUCUCCCCGUUCUCGAUAAAUUCAACGACCGCGGAUGCGUCAUCACCGGAAAGGUCGAGUCCGGUCGUCUGAUCGUGGGGAACUCGGUGCUGCUGAUGCCGAACAGCCGGAAGGCGGAGGUGCAGAGCAUCACGAUCAACGACAAGGAAGUGCUGUCGGCGAAGCCGGGCGAGAACGUGAACGUGCGUCUGAAGGGAAUCAGCGACUCGAACGUGUUCCGCGGAGACAUCAUCUGCCACGAAGAUCUGCACAUCCACGCGGUGAAGGAGUUCGAGGCCCGGCUGGUGCUGCUGGAGCUGCUGGAGAACCGCCGCAUCAUGACGGCGGGGUACGGAGCGGUGCUGCACAUCCACACGGCGGUGGAGGAAGUGAUGAUUACCGACCUCAUCGCCGAGCAGGACCGCAAGACCAAGGCCAUUAAGAAGCAUCCCAGAUUCGUGAAGAGCGAUAGCAUCGUGUUCGCGAAGCUGUCGCUCUCGAAGCCGGUUUGCAUGGAGAUGUUCGAUUCCAUGCCGCAGUUGGGACGAUUCACCAUUCGCGAUGAGGGAAAGACGAUUGCCAUCGGAAAGGUGACCAAGAUUAUCAAUUGA